AUGGCAGCGACUCAUUCUUCUUGCCCAAACUGGGACAAACGCCCGCUUUCAGAACUCCCUCCAAUACUUCCAUCCCAGAAGCAUUUGCUGACCAUCCCCGCCUCCGCUCUCAAGGUCGGGGAGGAAGACGACGUCCUUAAGGUUAUUGAUGCCUCCUACGUAGCCUCGUACAAUUGGUUGGCAAGAGACAAGCCGACAAUCUUGGUUCCAGGAAGCCCACCAAGAUGGGCACCUCCAGUCCAUGCUCCAGCUCUAAAGCAGGACAGAGGGACAUACUUCAGAGAUAAGAACGCCUCCCAAUAUGCCGCAUAUCCAACGGAGCCUGCCGUUCGCGCCAUUUUCACGAUGAAACCUGACUUCGAUGGACAAGGGAUUGAUUUCUUUGCGUGCGGCAAUACGAUGGGUUCUUUGCUCGCCUUUGUUGGGGAGCGAGACAGGACGUUCAGAUUCGUGGCUGAGAAGGUGGGAAACACGUUGUUCCUGACCAGGAAGGAAAGCAAUCCUCGUGAAACCAUUCCACAUGUCCGUGGCUAUGGGCAUACGUUUCCCGAAGCUUAUACCAACUGGGACCCAGCUUGUAUUGGCUCACAGUCUCAUCAACGGCUGGUGUCAUAUUCGUUCGGGGGGAUGAAUCUUAUCAUCAGAGCUGAGACAGACGGAUAUCUCCCACGGAAGCUGGAAGACGACCAUCCGAUGAAAGUCCCUGGAAAAUCGGCCGCGUCUGGGAAUGGCAUGGACGUUGCCUCUGCCUUUGCACGUACCAAAGCCUUUCCGGAUGAUGUCCCUCCAGGCCUCACCGAUUCCAAAACACUGACAGUAUGUCAAGGUGGGGAAGUCUUGCCACAAGAGUCCAUCUUCGACCUAAAGACAAGAGCAUCCCAUAACCGUAUCGACAUGAAUGAAAUACAUGCCCGGUUGUGGGUUAGUCAGGCCCCAAACUUCAUCAUCGCCUACCACGAUCGAGGUGUUUUCAAGGACGUCCAGAUCAAGGAUAUUCAAGCGGCUGUGGAAGAUUGGGAGAAUGACAACCAAGAAAUCUUGGAGCGUUUAAAGGAAGUAUUGACUCUGCUCAAUGUCCUCGCUGAGAAGCAGGUGAACGGGAGAAUCGAGGCCCGCAGGGUUGCAAAAGGCAGGUUGGCAGUUUGGUCCCAUCCGUCAGACGAUGAUGUUCUUCCCCCAGAGCUGCGGGCUAAAUGGCUUGGAGAGAAGUAG